AUGUCGUUCUCCGGCCGCCGCGUCAGUAUUCUGCGCCCCUCCAACCGGCGCUUCUCGCAAAGCAAGGGACUCUCCGAGAACGAGCAACGGUCCGAGACUCAUCGCCAGUUCCGAACCGCCCACGAGGGUCACCGUCCCCAUGCCGGUCUCGAUGCUUCCCGUGCCUCGACCGGUGUAGUCUGGUGUACAGAGCGAGCCACCGAGCAUGGCUACGCCGAGGAUCCCUCCAGCUGGGCCAAUCUCGGUCAAGGUGCCCCCGAGGCUGACGACGAGAUCGAGGGCAGCUUCCCCCGUCCGACCUCGAUUCCUAUCACCUCUGCUGCGCGGGAGUACGGCCCGACCGCCGGUAUCAAGCCGUUGCGAGCUGCCGUUGCACGUCUGUACAAUGAGCAUUAUCGCCAAGGGAAGGAGAGUCAGUAUACUUGGGAGAAUGUCUGCAUCGUCCCCGGUGGACGUGCGGGUUUGAUCCGAAUUGCUGCUAUUCUGGGCAAUUCGUAUCUUUCCUUCCCUAUCCCCGAUUACUCUGCGUACUCGGAGAUGUUGUCGCUGUUCAAGAAUAUUGCCCCCAUCCCCAUCCCGUUGUCUCAGGAGGACCACUAUCACAUCCACCCCAAUAAGAUCGCCGAGGAAAUCGCGCGUGGUACCCAGGUGCUGCUGACCUCGAACCCCCGUAACCCCACCGGUCACUUCGUGUCGCAUGAUGAGCUGGCCGAGAUCCAAGACAUCUGCCGUGACCGCGCCACCCUGAUCCUGGACGAGUUCUACGGUGGCUACAACUACACCACAGAUUGCGACGGUAGCACGAUCAGUGGUGCCGAGAACGUGGUUGACGUUAACCAAGAUGACGUCCUCCUCAUUGACGGUCUGACCAAGCGUUUCCGCCUGCCGGGCUGGCGUAUCGCCUGGAUCGUCGGACCGAAGGAGUUCGUCGACGCCCUCGGCUCCGCGGGCUCCUACCUCGACGGUGGCGCCAACGUCCCCUUCCAAGAAGCCGCCAUCCCCAUGCUCGAGCCCUCUCUGGUCCGCACCGAGAUGAAGGCGCUGCAGGCCCACUUCCGCGAGAAGCGCGACUACGUCCUGAAGCGUCUGUACGACAUUGGCUUCCGCAUCCAGGACGUGCCCCAGGCCACCUUCUACAUCUGGCUGGACCUGACCUCCCUGGACCCCCCACUCCCCGCCGAGGCCAACAUCUCCGACGGUCUGAACUUCUUCAACGCCCUGUUGACUGAGAAGGUCAUCGUCGUGCCUGGUAUCUUCUUCGAUUUGAACCCGGCUAAGCGCCGUGACCUGUUCGAUAGCCCUUGCCAUCACUUUGUGCGUCUGAGCUAUGGUCCUAAGAUGGAUGUGCUCAAGAUGGGUCUUGAUGGUAUCGAGCGUGUGAUUAAGCGCGCGCGUGAGAGGGUUCAUCACGAGUGGGAGGAUGAAGUUGCUAUUCAGGAUGAUUAG